AUGGAAAUCAUCAAACAGCGUUAUUUGGCUAUUCAGUCCACCAAGCAUUACACUCAGAUUUCCCCCGAGGAGAUUGUUGCGCUAUGGACGCAACUGAAAGCCUUCCUUGGUGCAGGUAGCUGUCCUAUGAGUGAAAUCGAAUAUAUGUCGUUGACGCACAUGCUGUUCGAUCUAUCGAUCUACGUGGACAAAGAUGUUGAGGCCGAAACAAUAUACAAGACGUUCAAAGACCGUUUCGGGCCCAACUCACCCUAUCUCUUCGUCAUGAGAGCCACCAUACUGCAAGUUAACGAAGGUGACCAAAAGGCCGAGAAUUACUUGCAGAGACUGCUCGACGAAUAUUUGGAUGACGAAACAGAUAUUGUUGCCUACCCUUUGAUCAACAAAAAGCUUUUGGCGGUGCAACGCAAAUCGUCGUCCACCGAACAAUAUAUUUCGAAACUUUUAGAAUUUGUGGAAAAGUUUCCGGUGGACGCAGAGGCUUGGUACGCUCUAGCACAAAGCUACGUCCAGCUAGGCCAGCUCAAACAAGCCGCUUGCUGUCUGGAAGAAGUAAUUUGCAUUUCCCCAUUCAAUUACGUCGUCUUCGCAGGGCUUGGUGAGAUACUCUUUUACAGCGCAGGAAAGGAUAACAAAAACAAAAAGGCUCUCAUGCAACAAUCACUGAAUAACGCUCUCAGAAGCGUAGAGCUGUCGGAACUCUAUGUGAAGGGAUGGGCUGUUGCAGCAAUGUCGUCUAAGUUUUUGGACAAUUCCAAAAUACUACAACUUUCAAAGAAGAAACUGAAAGAGAUUACAGAAAAGGGCAACACAAUUGAUGCCGCUACCGCAAAGAAGAUUCUUGAACACAUAUAG